ACUAAAAAUAACGGUUGCUCUUACAAAGAUUAUCAAUUUCUCAAAUGUUUUUUUUUUCUCAUUACAGCUAGCAGUUGGAGUAAAUGGUAUGCAAAUCCAAAUUCUUGGGCGGAUUUAUCAGGUUCAUCUUGCGGUGGCAAUCAGCAAUCUCCGAUUGACAUCCAGCCAAGAUCAACCGUGACGAAAGCUAUCCCUAAAUUUGCGUUCCACAAUUACGGUAACAUCGACAAAAUGAUUAUGAUGAACAACGGCCACACAGCGGUUUACAUUCUUCCGGGAGGACUUCCGAAAAACAGAGUACCUUACAUCACCGGAGGUGGUCUCAAUGGAUCGUACGCGUUCAUUCAAUGUCAUUUGCAUUGGGGUGGUGAUUCCACAAAAGGCAGCGAACAUCUUAUCAAAUCUAAAAGCUAUCCCGCUGAACUGCAUUUAGUUCACUAUAAUACCAAAUAUGGAUCGUUUGCUGAUGCCACAAUGCAUUCAGACGGCCUGGCCGUCUUGGGUAUAUUCCUCCAGACAGGGUCGGAUGACAAUGAAUCUUUCAAGCCUUUGGUCGACCAGUUGGGUGAAGUUGUAACAGAUCACGACGAAACCACUUUAACGAACAUAGUAUCGUUCAAGGAUUUGCUCCCGAAACAAACCACGUCGUUUUAUCGCUAUAAUGGAUCAUUGACCACACCCAAUUGUCAGCAAAUCGUCAUCUGGACCGUGUUUGAUACUCCUGUGGAAAUCUCUGAACGACAAUUGAAAAAGUACAGGCAACUUGAGAAUGCGGAGGGCGAACAUCUGGUGAACAAUUUUCGUCCAGCGCAGAAAGAAAAUGAUCGUGUAGUGUUUUACAGGUCGUCUACCAGAUGCGAAAUUUCGCAAUCGUUACCGAUCAUGUCUUAUUCAUUUGCUUCCCAAUUUUUGGCCUUUAUUGGAUGCUGAAAUUCAGUAAAGUAUGCGUAAUGGUGCUUUAUUAUGGUAAAAGCUGAUGGUGAGUGAACAUGUCAGUUUUUGCCGUGUUUAUUUUAUAUUUUAA